AUGUCAGCCACCACUGCCUACACACCCUUUGAGCCAAUUGAGCCAACUCGCCCAGCUUACCGGCGAACACGCGCAUCGUCUCUACUAUCUACGACCUCGGGUAUAUCCAUUCGGACUGCCCACGAGCUAGUCAAAUCACGACCAACCGCAAUCGUCGUCGAACCUUCAGAAAAACAUGAUGUUUGGGGCUCAUUCGUACCCAUGAAUUCGGCCGCCGUCUCAUUGCGGAAGAUAGUUUCAAAACCACAUCCUAAACGCCUCAAAGUAACACUGUUUGAGAAACGCCUAACCAUGCCAAUUUAUGACCCAGACUCGGAGGAUACCCCACCCACGUCGCCGAUACCUCACAUUACCCGCACUUUGACCUACCAUUCCGUCCAACGUUCACCACACCCUACUUCCUCAGCCAUCUUUACCGUUCAGGAAAUUCCCGAGCCACACAUAGCCAAAACAACUUUACACCCGGUCCUGGCAAAUUUAGAGAGAAAGUCGAAGCUCAUCUCACCAAAAGCAGACUACUGCUCGACGUGUAAAAAGCCAGGUCAAGAUUUCCCCCGUUGUGGUAAAUGUCAGAAUAUGUGGUGCUCUAGGGAAUGUCGGUUGAUGGGGGGUAGACGGCAUUUUUGUGGUUCGAACAACAACGCGCCGUAG